GGAUUUUAACAAUCCAGAAAUUUAUUCUAAAGGAAUUAUGUCAAAAAAGAAAUAUUGUAAAAAAGUUGAUAUCGCUAUUUCUUAUCAUGUAGAAAAUAUGAUAAAUAAUAGAGUUCAAUAUAGAUAUUUUUAUCCUAUUUUGGGUGAAGCUAAGCUCCCAAACAUUAAUAGUGAUAAUGAUUAUAACAAACUCAAUUUAUUUAGUGAUAUCAAACUUGGCGGAAUUCAUGUGACAGAUAGUGAGAUCUAUUUUCUACAAUAUACGAGGUAUCCAAAUCAAAAAUUUGGUGUUUUGGCUGAUAUUAGUUCUUUCAAGAUUUCUUUAAAGUUUGAAGAUCAACAAGCUGGAUAUAUGAUAGAUUUUUUGUAUUGUGUAAAG